AUGGGAGCACGAUACGGUAAAGGAAUUAAGCCGGAGGAUAAGCGAGUGCUAGUCCUACAAGUGUAUAAGCUUUGUAGGGAUAAUGGGGUAAAAAUACAGCUGAGACGCUGUCAGGAAUGGGUAGAAAAGCUUAUAGUGGUGUCUCCGUGGUUACAGAACCAAGGGGUUGAUUAUCAAAGAUGGAAAAUAGUUGGGAGUCAGAUGUCCUCCUACGCAGAGACAGAACCAGGGUUUUUAACACCAGAGGAUUUUACUCUUUAUGGCAUUGUGACUUUCGCCCUCUCUCCGUGCCCUCCGCCGGUAAUAGUAGCGGAGGAGACACAAGUAGGAGCAUCUUUAUUAGGAGGGGAACAAGACCUUGAGGGUCAAGAGGAGCCAUGGCCUGAGCCUCCUAAGCCCCCUGAAAUACCGUCUGCACCAUGGCCGAGUCUGGAGCCGCUCCCUCCGGAGCCGCUCCCCCCGUAUGUGCCACGUUGGCAGCAGAAAGAGGAAGUUCCACCUGUGGCGCAGUUAGAAUUCCAGACAGAGGAAGUUCCGCCUGUGGCGCAGUUAGAAAUGCAGAUACAGCAAUUACAGGCCCAAAUAAACCAAAUGCGGCUUGAUAAAAGAGGGAAGAAUGAACGGGCCCCGCAGGCCUCACUUUUACAGCAUUCAUUGCGAGAGGCCGCCAGGGAUGGGCAGGUAGUAGACUGGAAAGAGUGGGGACAAGAAUUCCCAAUUUUUGUCCAGGGAGGUGCCGGAGGAGGUGGUUGGUCUCACCGACCAGUGCCCUACAAGUUCAUGAAAGAUUUGAAAGAGGCAGUAAAAUUAUAUGGAGCAGGCUCUUCUUAUGUCAAGCAGCUGUUGCAAUCUACUGUGGCUGUGGCCGCUUGGACCCCAGGGGAUUGGGAUGAAAUUAUGUCUGCUGUAUUGGAGAGUGCUGCUUACACCGCCUGGUCGGCGUAUAGACGCCGAGAGUCUAGGACCUGGGCGGAGAUUAAUUUCCCUCAGAAUGUAGAAGAUACCAUUAAUAUGCUAACUGGGUAUGGCCAGCAUGCUGGGCUGCAGGCACAGCUCUUACUCCCAGACCUUGUCAUACAAGGUGCUCAGAUAGUGGCGCUAAAAGCAUUGGAUAGACUAGGGGAGAAAUCGCAACCUCCUUUAAACAAACUCGUGCAAAGGCCAAAAGAAAGUGCCAUGGAAUUCGCGUCCCGAGCACAAGAGGUUGUGGAAAAGAGAUAUGGAGCAGGAGAUGUUGCCCAAAAGCUGCUGAUACAGCUUUUCAAAGAAGGACUUAAACAGUCACGAGGGUUGUUGUCAAAGUUACCACCAGACCCCACAUGGGAAGAAUGCAUUGAUGUCUGCCUGGAGGAAGGUCCCUUACCUGAUGCAGGCAUGGUCCAGGUACUGACUGAGGCUUUCGCUGCAGCGCAGGCAGUUAACACGGGGACUAGAGCAAAGGGGACUUGUUUCCGUUGCGGGAAAGCAGGUCAUUUUCAAAGUCAGUGUACCCAGGGUGCCCCACAAGUCCGCUGUUUUAAGUGCGGAAGGGCGGGACAUAUUAAGAAGUAUUGUAGACAGGGAAGAAAGGAAAGACGUACGGGGUUACAGGAGAGGCAACCAGGAAGGCAAGAGAGGAAACCGCAGGGAAACGAACGGCGGGUGCCUUAG